AUGUCUUUUUUUUCGUUUCUUGAAUCUAUUCCAACCAUAUCUUCAACUGUGCUAAAGCAUUUUACCGAAGGCCCACCUAAAAAAUCAUGGAAUCUAAAAUUUCAUUUAGCGGUGUCAAUGACCAAAAGAGGUUUUAAUUGUGCAAACAAACCUAUUGAACAAUAUCAAAAGGAAUUUGACAAAGCUUUCAGCAAAAUUUUCAUGGUUCAAACUCCUCCUAAUUUAACUAUAAAAGAUGUUAUAUUAGAUGAAGAAUAUAGGCAAAAGAGUAAAACGCAUUUAGAAAAGAUUUUGAAACAAUAUGAUGAUGUGUUAGACGAGAAAUGGAAAGAUCCAUGUGAUAAAGGAUUACAUGGGGAAUGGUUAUGUAUUAACGAAAAAACUGAUAAAACUGAUCAU